UCCGCCUGCACCGUUUAUGCCAUCCUGAGCCUGAGAGAGAGCAGAGGAAGCAGCAGAGCCACGCGGCUUUGUUUCCAUUAGCAGCUCCUGUGUUUUCUGCCAGCCUCCUCAAUGAAUCAGCACCAAAAAACCUUGCAAAUUCAACAAACUUCUAUCUUUAAUUAAACCCAAUGACAGCAACUUAAGUAACUCAAAGUAAACGCAAGUUGGGCAGUCACUUGACACACAGAUUUCCUGAGAUGAUAUUCAACUCCUGGAUAAUUCAACCAAGAAACUCUACCAAAACUUGAAAAGGAAGGGAAGAAACUGAAGUAACUCUUGAAACCAUAAAUGGCCUCAACCCCUGAGUGUGCUUAAUACAGCAAUCAAACAUGAGCAUUCCAACCAAUUUCCAUGGACUGAGGGUCAGUGUUGAAAGAGGAGAAAAGAUUGGAAAUAAAACCCAUUUCUCCUCAUCUGGAGAUAAUAAUGCUAAUCAAGUAACUUCAGUCACUGACCAAGAAGAAGGGGGUCUGAUUGAGGUCACAGGAUACAACACGGGCUCUAUUCCUCCACUGGUGCGUCAGAGUGAAUCUCCGGACAAAGUUGUAAUCUGGGACUCUGAGCAGCAAUGUGUGGAGCCUAAGCUCAGAGAGUUUGAGAUCCACACAUUCGUAGGAAAUCAAAGUCAGGAGGAGAAUAACGAUGAAGAAGAUGAUGGAGAGAGCAUGAGAGAUGGAAAGGAUGAGGGUCCCAUGUCCAUAUCCUCAAGUUCAACGACCAGUUCCGCUUCGACUGGUCUAAGGAGAAAUGACGACAACAACAGGGAAGAGAGUAGAAUACAUAGAGGGAAGGAGAAACACAUUGCCUGUCACAGCACUGAAGUGCUAGAUACAUAUGUUACAGGCUCAGCAGAGAAAAGAGACACCAGAACAGGCAGGGAUAGACGAAUGGGGGGUCUGAAGGAGUCUAAGUCUGAGACCAAUGUGUUUGUCUCCAGUCUGUCAGCUGUUGCUCUUGCUGGAAGUCUGUCUAGUGCUCUGGAUUGCAGUGGUGAAGCAUCUCUUAUCUCCCUACACAGCCGCCAGACCAACCCUUUUCCCAACACCAACAGUACUACCUCAGCCCAGUCCAGCAGAAGGGCAACCUCCUCGGACACCAAUCAGAACUCCCCACCAUUCCAUCCUCAAGAGAGAUAUGACUAUCCACAAUACUGUAGCCAGGAACAGAGACUGGAGGAAAGGAGUCAUCAUGGAAACGGAAUGUCCUCUGAUGGAGGCUUUGGCCAAAGAAGACGGGCUGGAUUUGAGGAGCGGGUGCUGCCGCCUCGACGCCAGCAGCUUGUCAGACCCCUCUGCCAGACAGAAAUGAUGAGAGAGAGGAAUUUGCCAGAGCCCAAAGCUCAGCAAACUGGGACAAUGCCACCCUCCUCCAUCAAUGUAUCUCCAGAGUCACACAGCAGUAGGUCAAACAAAAAGUUUACAAAAUCUGCUUUAAGGGAACCAUCAGACUUCUCCCACCUUUACAACAUGAGUGGUGUCUAUCAGCUGAGGCAGCCCAACCAGGCCUCCCAGAGGGAGGUUCCAUCCAUGGAAAAACAGCCAACUACAACUGCACAAAAUGCAUCUGGUCCCUCUAACCCACCCAUGCUGGACAAGAAACCCCAGGCUCAGCUCAGUUAUCAAAGGAAUUGCUCCAGUCCCAACAGGUCUGGGGUUGAAUCCAGGUCAUCAACCCCUCCUCACUCCCCCCUCAGGACACCACAGGGCUCACCACGCGGGCAGCCCUCUAUGUACCUCAUUUCCAGGAAUGUCUCUGGAGCUUCUAGGCACAUCCCAUCAGGAUGCAACCCUUCUUUACCAACAUCAACUCAGGGCUAUAGCAACAGCUGCUUGAGAGCUCCGGUAAAAACUAAUAUAAGCACAAGUGGAAUCCCAAAAGCGCCUCCUAACAUUCAGCAGAGCUCCUCUAACUCUAACCCCAAAGAGAACUCCUCAUCACCUAAACUUAAACCUAAAGGAAUCCGCCCCAAAAUCAUAACCUCUGUUCGAAAGAAUCCUCAGUUUAAGCUCCAGGCUGCUGACGGACCUUAUCAGGUCUCGUCUCUUCCAUCUAGGCUCUCAACCUACGCCCACAGCCAAUCACCAGCGGCCUUUAAAGAUCCAUCUAAAGACCCCUGCAAGCCUGAAGUAGAAACCAGAGGAGCCCCAGUACUUAGUGCCUCCAACCCACUUUAUGAUAAAUACCGCCAAGAGAUGCAGGUGAACAGUUUCCCACCAGGAAUGCAAAACAGGAGCAUUAGGGCUCCUGGACACACAAACACAGUUCCCCCAGCUCAUACACACAGCCACAAUGCAUCUCCGAAACUGAGCAGCAGGGCAGAAAACUACUGUGGGACAUUAUCUGAGGUGGGGCGGUCCAACAGUUUAAGAGGCAUCUCCUCUGAAGAUGCAUUGCAGGGCAGGAGACAGACUGCACAGACUGGGGGAAGUGGCAAUCUCAUUCGUUCUGGCAGAGGCCUUCGGUUGGGUCUCGGAGCUGUCACCAGGACAACUGCGGGUUCAGUCAAGACCCAGGGAUCAAGUCAAGGACAGAGAUCUGCGUCGGUCUUCAGUCAGCCCAUCCAAACUGUCAGCCCAGCGAUCAGCCAGAAAUGCCAAGACAACACAGAUGACCAGGUUGUCAGCCAACAAGCUCCUGCUGCUCCUCCUGCUCCCAAAACAGCAUCCCAGCCCCCGUCCACAGCCUCCAGAUCUCUGCUUCCUAAAGUCAGUCACUCAGGGUUGCGGCCUCCAGGUUUCUCUUCUAACCGUCUCCCAGCAGGCCGUCUGGCAGCCUUUGGUUUUGUCAGAAGCUCCAGUGUCUCCUCGGCCUCCUCAGCCCACUCCGCUGACAGUGUACAGAGUGAUCCCUGCAGGACAGCUCACCAUCUAAGUGUGAGCGAGGAGCCUCCGCUCCAUAGAGUGACAACGAGCCCUUCAUCGACAGAUCAACAGAGAGAGCUGCCGUGUCGUAGCAGCAGCCUCCAACCACCCUCUACCCCUGCGUUGCCACGGCGCUACCUGCCACCCCAGCCAAGAAGCUCCCCUGGAGUUGUCAGGAAGGAGUUUCAGCGGAGUUCAGAGGUCACACGUUCCCUUCCUUCUUCCCCCAAGAGGCUAGCAGUGGUUCCCCCGAAACUCCAGUCCCCAGUCCAGCCCGGGCAGCGACCUGCAGCGGCAGUGAGGGGUUCCACUCCCUCAGGGUCACCUCGGCGUGUGGCACCCCUGAGACCGCCGCAGGAGCACCAGGAGAACCUGCAGAGAGAGAAAAAAGAGGCUCAGCAGAAAGAGCAACAAAGGCAAUCAGAUGAGAAGGAAAAGAUGGAGAAAAGGGAGGAGGUUCAAAGGCUGCAGAGGCACUGCGAGCAUCAAGAGAGGCAGCUAAAGUCUCUGAGAGAUGAGCUGAAGAGAGCUUCACUGGGUCUUGAUGCAUUCAUCAUCACAACUCAGCAUUAUUGCCUCAAGAAUGAAGCUUCUGAAAAAGGUCAAAGUAAAUUAUCCCUGGAUUUGCAGAAGGCUAGAGAGGAGAUGACCUCCCACUCAGUGCGCUGGGAGAGACUCCAGCAGGACAAAACAGCGCUGGAGGUGGCAUUUGAGCGCGAGCUGCAGGAGCUCCAGGUGCAGCAGGAGACAGAGCUGGCUGCUGUGGAAGAAGGCCUCAGGAAGUGUCAUGCUGCUGAGGUGGAGCACCUAAAGGCAGAGCAUCGGUUGGAGAUGGAGGAGCUGACUACUCAGCAGCAGGAGCAGAUGGAGGAGGUGACAGUUAACCACCAGGCAGCCAUGCAGGAGCUCAGAGACAUGCAUAAUAUCACCAUGACAACACUACAUGAGGAGCAUGCCCGUACCAUGAGAGAUUUGAGAAAAGCUCACGAGCAACAGAAGCUCCUUCUAGAGGAGGACUUCGAGAAACUCAGGCUGUCUUUACAGGAUCAAGUGGAUACUCUCACAUUUCAAAACCAGAGUCUUAAGGACAAGGCCAAACGAUUCGAGGAAGCUUUGAGGAAGAGUACAGAUGAACAGAUCAUUGAUGCUUUAGCUCCAUACCAGCACAUUGAGAAAGAUCUGAAGAGUCUGAAAGAGGUUGUUGAAAUGAAAAACCAGCAGAUUCACCAGCAGGAGAAGAAGAUUUCUGACCUGGAGAAAGUGCAGGCUCAAAAGAAUGUGUUCCUUGAAGAGAAGAUCCAGCUUCUGCAGCAGCAGAAUGAAGAUAUGAAGGCCCGUAUUGACAUGAACCUCGUUAUGUCUAGGCAACUGUCGGAGAAGAACGCCAAUCUGCAGGAGUCCGUGGAGAAGGAGAGCACCGAGAAAAAGCGACUGAGUCGCAACAAUGAGGAGCUGCUGUGGCUUCUCCAGACUAGCCCCCUCAUGUCUCCUGCCUCGUCUCCCCUCCACCGCUCCUCCUUCUCCACCUCCCCCGUUCCCUCCUCCCCAUUGUUCUCCUCCUCACCCUUGCCAGGGUGCGACUCACCCACCCACUGCCAUGGCUGUCCCAGGGAAGCUCAGUACUGCUCACCGUCUCACAGAGCUGCUGUCAAUCAAAACCUCUCUCCGGGACCGGCCACGCCCACACACAGGGCGGCCGUCAAUCACAACUACUCCUCCGGCCCAAACACGCCCACUCACAGGGCUUCACCAGGUCGCUGUAACUCCAACACCUCUUUACAGAAUUAAAAGCUCACAAAUUCUCAA